GACCCAUUGACAAGAGCCAUUUAAAAACCGUAACUGUCGCAUAGCAUGAAACAGCAAAUGGGAAAGAUGGUAGAAAUAAAAGUGGAAAAAGAAGAGAUGGAGUUAGGAGAUGCAGCGAAAGGGGAUGGUUUGAAGCAAUACUAUAUUACGAAAAUUGAAGAACUCCAGCUCAUCGUAUCUGAGAAAACCCAAAAUCUAAGGCGUCUCCAAGCUCAAAGAAAUGAACUCAAUGCAAAAGUUCGAAUGUUGCGUGAAGAAUUGCAGCUGUUGCAGGAGCAAGGCUCAUAUGUCGGAGAAGUAGUUAAACCUAUGGAUAAAAAGAAAGUGCUUGUGAAGGUACAUCCAGAAGGCAAAUUUGUUGUUGAUAUUGAUAAAAAUAUUGACAUAAAUGAUGUAACGCCGAACAGUAGAGUUGCUCUCCGUAAUGACAGUUACACUUUGCACAAAAUACUUCCCAACAAAGUUGAUCCUCUAGUAAGUCUUAUGAUGGUUGAGAAAGUACCCGAUUCUACUUAUGAAAUGGUUGGAGGCUUAGACAAACAAAUAAAGGAAAUCAAAGAAGUAAUAGAACUGCCUGUGAAACAUCCAGAGUUGUUUGAAGCACUUGGUAUUGCUCAACCAAAAGGUGUCUUACUAUAUGGUCCACCUGGAACAGGUAAAACCUUACUUGCUAGAGCUGUAGCCCAUCAUACUGAUUGUACAUUUAUUCGAGUAUCAGGAUCUGAAUUAGUUCAGAAGUUCAUUGGAGAAGGCUCUAGAAUGGUUAGAGAACUCUUUGUAAUGGCCAGAGAGCAUGCUCCUUCAAUCAUAUUUAUGGACGAAAUUGACUCGAUAGGAUCAUCCAGAAUUGAUGCUGGUUCUGGUGGCGAUAGUGAAGUUCAAAGGACCAUGCUUGAACUCUUAAACCAGUUGGAUGGCUUUGAAGCAACCAAGAACAUAAAAGUAAUCAUGGCAACUAACAGAAUUGACAUUUUAGAUCCAGCUUUACUUAGACCAGGUAGAAUUGACAGAAAAAUAGAAUUCCCACCCCCUAAUGAAGAGGCUCGUCUGGAUAUUUUAAAAAUCCAUUCUCGAAAAAUGAAUUUAACACGAGGCAUCAAUUUGCGUAAAAUAGCUGAAAUGAUGCCUGGAGCUUCUGGAGCUGAAGUAAAAGGAGUCUGUACAGAAGCUGGCAUGUACGCCCUUCGAGAAAGGAGGGUUCAUGUUACACAAGAAGAUUUUGAGAUGGCUGUUGCAAAGGUGAUGCAAAAAGAUGCUGAAAAGAACAUGUCCAUCAAAAAGCUGUGGAAAUGAACAAGCACAGUUGUUCAAAAAGAUUUUUAUCUGUUACAUUAUAGCAAAUUUCUCUCUCAUCAACUUCUCAUGUUUGGAACUCAACUGGUUUUACAUAUAUUUAUAUACAAAAGUGUAUUUAGGACAGAAAAAGCAUUACUUCUUUGCAAUAUUUUUCAUUUGUAACUAUGGAGAAAAAAAUAAAGUUUGCUAAU